GCCCAGCCACGCACGUACGACAUCCACGUCGUCACAAGCUUCCCCGACCCGACACGCCCGUCCGGUCCCAGAUCCCCAAGCCCAGCACCACCACCACCACCACCACCACCACCACCUACCCACCCAAACACAACAUCCGCUGACUGCGACCCCUGGACCGUCACCCUGCACCGCCAACACCAUCCGUCCAUCAUCACCAUCCCCGAUAUCACCGCCCGCCAUCAACCCAUCGCGCCCAUUCGCAUAGGUACACCUUACUACCUCUUAUCCGCCUCCGACGAUCAAUAG